AUGGCACCCAAGACGAAGGCAGCGCCAAAGGCAGAAGCGCCACCAAAAGCGGCCAAGGCUGCCGUCCCCGAAAAGAAGCGCAAGGCAUCCAUUGUGACGACCGACGCGGAGUCGGACAACGAGGGCAGCAUCGACGGCCUUUUGGACGGUGUGUUUUCAGACAGCGACGAGGGCUCCGACGAUGAGGCCGACCUCGACAGCGAUGACGUGCCAUCCGAAGGCGAGGACGACGAGGAGAGCCGGGAGCUGACCAAGCUGACGCUGAACAAUGGCACGGACGGCGCCGAGGACGAACAAAGUGAUGAGGAGGACGACAACGAGGAGGACGAAGACGAAGACGAAGAGGAACUGGAAGAGGACCCCGAUCACGACGAUGACGAUGCCGACAAGCCCAACUACCGGGUAACGACAGACGCCAACGGUGGUGUGCGGUACAUCUACGACGAGAUCGAUCCCGUGUACGACUCGGACGACAGCGACAAGGAGGAGUCCAACACGAUCGGCAACAUCCCGCUCUCGUUCUACGACUCGUACCCGCACAUUGGCUACGACAUCAACGGCAAGAAGAUCAUGCGGCCGGCGACGGGCGACGCACUCGACGCCCUCCUCGAAAGCAUCGAACUGCCAGAAGACUGGACGAACCUGACGGACCCGGCGACCGGCAAGCCGCUCAAGCUCAACAAGGAGGAGCUGGAGCUGCUCAAGCGCGUGCACAAGGAGCGGCAGAACGACAGCGAGGGCGCGGGCGACUACGACCCGUACCCGGACAUGGUCGAGUACUUUUCCGGCGUCGUGGAGACGAUGCCGCUGAGUGCGGCGCCCGAGCCCAAGCGCCGUUUCGUGCCGUCGAAGCACGAGGCCGUGCGCAUUGCCAAGAUGGUGCGCGCCAUCCGCCUCGGCCACAUCCUCCCCUACAAGCCGCGCGACGAGAGCAAGGAGGACGAGGAGACGCAGCCGCACUACGACCUGUGGCACGACGAGGUGCCCGUGGAGGCGCACAUUAUGCACAUCCCCGCGCCCAAGCUGCCGCCGCCGGGCCACCGCGAGUCGUACAACUGCCCGCCCGAGUACGUGCCGACCAAGGCCGAGCGCGCCGCGUGGGAGGCCACGGACCCCGAAGACCGCGAGGAGGCGUUUUUGCCCGCCAAGUACGACGCCCUGCGCAAGGUGCCCGGCUACGGCGAGUUUGUCAAGGAGCGCUUCGAGCGCUGCCUGGACCUGUACCUCGCGCCGCGCGUGCGCCGCAACCGCCUCAACAUCGACCCCAGCUCGCUGCUGCCCAAGCUGCCGCCCGCCGAGGAGCUGAAGCCGUUCCCGACGGUGUGCCAGACGGUGUUCCGCGGCCAUGUGGGCGGCGUGCGCGCGGUGGCCAUCGACCCCACGGGCAACUGGCUGGCGUCGGGCGGCGACGACGGGACGGUGCGGCUGUGGGAGCUGCUGACGGGCCGGCAGGUGUGGAGCGCGCGGCUGACGGGUGGCAAGGGCCACGCGGACACGUACAACGACGAGCCGGUGCGCAGCAUCGAGUGGCGGCCCAGCAAGGGCGCGUUUGUCCUGGCGGCCGCGGCCGGCGAGGACCUGUACAUGAUUGUGCCGACGGUGGUGGUCGACCCGGAGCUCGAGCAGGCGAGCCGCGCGGUGGUGGACGCCGGCUUCGGCUAUGCCGCGGCCAAGGGCAAGACGCCGGCCAAGGCCAACGACCCGGCGACGGGCGGCGAGGCGCAGAAGCCCCCGGCCAAGUGGAGCCGUCCCGAGGACGCGCGGCUCGUGCGUGCCGGCGUGCUGCUGCAGAUCCGCGUGCGCGCACCCAUCGUGUCCGUCAGCUGGCACCGGCGCGGCGAGCAUUUCGCCACGGUGUCGCCGGCCGGCGGCCGCAGCGCCGUCGCCGUGCACACGCUGUCGCGGCACCUGACACAGGUGCCCUUCCGGCGCAUGCCCAACAUCCCACAGGCGGCGCGCUUCCACCCAUCGCAGCCGCUCUUCUUCGUGGCGACCAAGCAGCGCAUCCGCGUGUACGACCUCCAAAAGAUGGAGCUCGUCAAGACGGUGCUGCCCGGCGCGCGCCAGAUCUCGUCCUUUGACGUGCACCCGACGAGCGGCGAGCACCUGAUUGUCGGCGCGUACGACCGACGGCUGGUGUGGCAGGACGUGGAGAUGGCCAGCACGGGGCCCUACAAGACGAUGCGGUACCACGAGCGCGCCGUCCGCGCGGUGCGCUUCCACCGCGGCGGCCUGCCGCUGUUCGCCGACACGAGCGACGACGGCACCCUGCAAAUCUACUUUGGCCGCGUGUACAACGACCCGCUCGAAUACCCGACAAUUGUGCCUCUCAAAAAGCUGGAGCGCGGCGCGCACAAGGUGGUCGACGCAGUGGGCGCGCUGGACGUGACGUGGCACCCCAAGGAGGCCUGGUGCGUGUCGGCGGGUGCCGACGGCACGUGUCGGUUGUGGAUGUAG